CACCAUCAAUGGAAUUAUUGUCGCAUUCUGCAAGUAAUAUAUCACCGACACUCUGUGAGCUAUCGUCGCACUUUGGCUUCCGGAUGGAUAUAUCGGAUGCGCGUCACGUGAAUCCGGGCCAGCAUUCAAGACGAAAUGAUGGCAGGAAUGUUUCUGACGCAAACCAUAUCUGAUCGAGUGCUAUUAGAGAGUUCAAUAGCAGAAUACAAAUACAAGUGCAGUCAUCGCAGAACAAGACACAGAGUGAUCCUCGGGAGUCAUAUAGAAGAAACUCGUUCAGGGGCUCUGCUGCGUAAUUUCCCACUGGAUCUCACAGACCAACUUUUUUCUCCUCCUUCUUUCUCCUCUUUCUUCCUCUCUCUUUCCUUUUCUCCUAAUUUGUGCUUUUCUGCUCCCUCGUCACUCUCUUUCUUUCAUCUCUACUUAUUAACUUGUUAUUAUUUACUGUCCUUUAUUUCAUUCCAUUCGCUUCUUCUGCUGCUGCCGCCAGUCGCGCCCGUCCUUUUCCCUUCCUGAGAGAGCUCCCCACACACAACGGCUCUCCGUCCAGCCGACCGUUUCAAACGCGCGCGAAUCUCCAAUUCGAUCCUCCAAUCACCCCUUACUGUGCACCACGGCCACCCUCGAUUUCUCAUCACCUAUCCUUAUACUACGACUAUUAUUCGCAAACGAUAAUAUCACAUUCUACCCAAUAUGCCCGCUUACGAAUUGCGAUCCGGGGGAGACGUCAAGAACAAGAAGCAGAGCGUCGCG